UGACAUCUGUAUUUGACAUUACUAAUAAACUUAAAUAGUGUAAGAUUUUAUUGUUUUAAUCAUGUGUGGGGGCUUUACAUGCUCUAAAAAUGCACUUACAGCUCUUAAUAUACUUUACAUUCUGGUAGCAUUUAUAUUAAUUGGGGUUGCCGUUUAUGGUAGAGCUGCUUCGUAUGUCACUAAUUUACCAAUUAUUGGUGGUAUAUUAGCAUGUGGAAUAUUUUUAAUAUUAAUCUCAAUUUUGGGAUUGAUCGGAGCUGUAAAACAUCAUCAAGUUAUGCUUUUCUUUUACAUGGUGAUUCUUUUCAUGUUGUUCUUAAUCCAAUUUUCAAUCGCUUGCGCUUGUUUAUCCGUGAAUAUGGAACAACAAGAAGAAUUGGCACAACAGGGUUGGAGUCGUGUUCCACUCAGUGUAAAAGCUGAAGUACAAGAAGUAUUUACAUGCUGUGGUUUUGAUAAAAAUGAUACAUAUAUUGCACCAAAUAGUGCCAUGGGACAUCCCUCUUGUACUGACGUUCAGGAACGCUGUUGUCCGGGAGCUGAUCCUGGUUGUCGAUGUGAUUAUUGUAUGCCUAAAUUGCAGAGUACCAUUAAUUAUGCAUUCAAACUUUGUGGCGGUAUUGGUUUGUUUUUCAGUUUUACAGAGUUAAUUGGAGUGCUCUUAACAAAACGGUAUAGAAAUCAAGCGGAUCCAAAUGAAAAAAUGGCAACAGCCAUUUUUCCACGACAAAAUUAUAUAUACUAGUCAUAUUUUUACUAAUCAUAGUUUGAAAAAAAUUUUAAACAUGUUUAGAAAUAAUAAUUUUUAAAACAUUUAUUAAAUAAGGGCACUAUUUUAAUUCUGUGAAUGCUUAGUUAAAAAACCAUGCCUAAAAAUAUCGCAUACAAUAUAAAUAAUUGAAUAUGUAGAAUUUCGACAAGAAAAAAACCCUUCAUUUAAAAACUAUCCAAAAUUCAUCCAUUCCAAUCAACAAAAGUCAAAUAACAAAAUGGUCGUACUUUUAGUUAACUUUUAUCUAGUCAUAACACGGUUUUAGAAAAUAACUUCGUGUAAUUAACUGUCGAAUGUAUAUAAAUACUAAAAUUCGUGUUAGAAACAAAGACUAAUAUAUUCGAAGACAUAGGCUUAGAAAUUGAUAAUAAAACGCGACGAACGUAAUAGAAACAUUAUACGGGAAAAAUAUAUAUUUUGAUGUUGUAGGAUUAUCGAUAUAUAUCAAAACUUAUGUUUCCGGUUAAAAGUUUUGAACUUUUAACUGUUUUGUCCUUUUAUUCCGAAUCAUAAAUGCAUUGGUGCUGCUAUGGUUUUGAGUACUUUCGCACCCUACAAACGAAAAUGAAUUAAUUUAUUUUGUUUUCAUUACGUUUCGAUUUGUCUUAAUUCUUGUAUAAAAUUAAUUAAAAUUCGACAGAUAUUCAUUCUUUGUUCUUUGAUAAUUCAGUCAGCUAGACCAGCUUCUUUAAUCAGCAUACUAGAUCUCGCUUAAGUUAUCUAAUAAUAAUAAUAAUAAGAGGCGUACCGCAAAUGGAUCCUUAGCAUCUAGAUCAAGGGGUCCUCAGCUUCUUCUUCAAUGUUUCGGAUCAAAACAUUCUAAACCUGACGCCCUGCAGGUUUCUGCAGGUGAAAAUAAUAAAUAUGGAAGUGGGAUCAGUAGAAAUCCCCUUGUUAUGAAGGUGGUAGUUCAAUCGACAGUGUCCCAGAGUCCCGGUAAUCAAGAUGGGCUUGUCGUAGCCAUUGAUGCGGUAAAUUACGGAGGCAGUGUGACCCGUUACCCAGAUUAGUCUGUUAA